GUCUCCACGUAUCGUUACGCGUGCCUAGAUGUCUUUUAUUGAUUAAUUGAACCCAUGGUGAACCUGAGAUCGGGUGGAAAGCCUGACUUAACGAAGGAUUACGUGCCAACGCGUAGGAGAAGAAAUCCACAAACACCUGAAGCACAAGAAGGAUUGGGCGUGGGUUUACCAACACCUGCAACGAAUCGAAAAGUGACUGCCCCAGGGGCAUUUGAGCCGGACGAAACCAUUGCAGAGGAACAGUCUGACGAGUCCAACGAAUACGAAGACCCGGUUGAAGGCAUCAGUGAGAUGUCAGACAAUGCGGGGGGCCCAAGUGGCCGGAACGACAAUGGCUCAGCGAGCGAGGAGACUUGUAUGAGGCUUGAAAUUGCAAGACUUCAGCAUGAGGUUGAGCGGAUGAAGACCAGUAGGGGUGACCCUGCAGGUGAUGAGAUGGGAGCAGACCUGGCAGAAUACCUCCAACAGAAAGGGAAGACAUCUGUCAUAAUGAAAGUCCUUGAAGAAUUCAGGAGCCAAGUAAGACUCAUCAAAAGACCAAUAGUCCUCACUGGAUUCAUUAACUACUCAAUGUGGAGAGAGGAAAUCCUUUUGGCUGCAGAACAGUCUGAAACUGAUGAUAUCCUUGAAGGUAAUGGCCUUGGUGAGAAUGCCACCAUGGACAUGCAAUGUUUCUGGAAAGAAUGCAAUCUUUGGUUAUACAAUUACAUGUGGUCUGCAAUUGCCCCGCAGGCCAAGGCCCAUUUCACUAUACUCAAGGAGUCCAAAUUAUCAGCUUAUGCUCUAUGGACUAUCAUAGAGGAUAACUUUUCCGAGAGGCCUGCUGUACGCAGGACUUGUUUGUUUGAAGAGCUUAUUGAAAUGACCUUCAAAAGCAAAGGAUCUGACAGAGCUUUCAUUGAACAUCUGAUUGCCAUAAGGACUGAUUAUAUCUGUCUAGGAUAUGAGAUCCCGGAUGUCGUGUUUUUCGACAGACUGCUUACAGGAGUCAACAGAGGUUGGGCCUCAUUCAUAAGGAAUUGA